CUUCAAAGUACUGUAGUUUUUAGCAAUUUAAACUACAAUUAGUCAAAAGUUAUCCAGCACUUUGGAGGGGAGGUAGUACUUUUUUAAAUAAAUGGUGCAAGAGUCAAGAGAAAGAAGUCUAGUGGUACCAACUAAAGGGAAUUACUGUAGUGUUUAUUACGGAGUAUUAAUUAAUCCAUUUGUUGAAUUUGUACUCCCGCUAGAUUUAGAUUCCCGACCAAGGCGGCAGUGCAUCCUCCAAUAAUGGCUUUCACCGCCCUCGUCCUCCUCAUCUCAGCACUCUCCCUUUUCAACCAACCUCCCUUCUCCGCCGCAAGACGCCACAGCUCCGCCGGGCUACUCAGGUCACUGCUCAUUCCGGAGCACCCACAAAACGAUAUCCCCACUACCUACUUUGAAGUCACUAAGCCCAUAAAGAUCCCAAAAACCAAACCUUGCUCAUACCUAGUUCUGGAGCACGAUUUCGGCAGUACCUACGGGAAGCCACCAGUUCUUGCAAACUACACCCGCCCUUCCAAUUGCUCUUCCCAGAACUUCUACAAAAUUGUCCUCGAAUGGGAAGCCACCUCUAAAGGCAGGCAAUUUGACCGGAUUUUUGGGGUCUGGCUCGGCGGGGUUGAGAUCCUCCGCAGUUGCACUGCCGAGCCUAGAGCUUCUGGAAUUGUGUGGACUGUCAACAAGGAUGUUACUAGGUAUUACUCUUUGCUGAUGAGUGAUCACCAGAUUCUUGCUGUUUACAUGGGCAACAUUGUAGAUCAUACUUAUACUGGUGUUUAUCAUGUGAAAAUCAAGAUUCACUUUUACCCAGAAGAAGAUAAAAACCCUCGUUCUUAUUCUGGGUUUGACUCUGUAGCUGAUUUGAUCCUUCCUGUUUCAAGAAAUUUUCCUCUGAACAGCGGGUUGUGGUUUGAGAUUGAGAAUUCAACACACACCGAGUCGAUGCAGUUGGAGAUCCCUCAAAAUGCUUAUAGGGCUGUUUUGGAGGUUUAUGUUUCGUUUCACGAAAACGAUGAGUUUUGGUAUGGUAAUCUGCCUAAUGACUACAUCGCUGCGAAUAACAUUACUGAUCAACCCGGGAAUGGACCAUUUAGAGAGAUUCUUGUCAGACUGGAUGAUAAAGUAGUUGGAGCUGUUUGGCCCUUCACUGUGAUUUAUACCGGAGGUGUAAAUCCUCUCCUGUGGAGACCCAUUACUGGAAUUGGCUCAUUUGACCUCCCUACAUAUGACAUUGAGAUAACUCCCUUGCUAGGGCUGGUAUUAGAUGGGAAGAGUCAUCAGAUUUCAUUCAGUGUCACUCAUGCUCUCAACGUUUGGUACAUUGAUGCAAACUUGCAUCUUUGGCUGGACGCCGAUAGUGAGAAAACACAAGGGCAGGUCAUAGAAUACAAAAGCUUGCCAAUUUCUUUGUCCCAUGCAUCAAAUUUCACAGGCUUGAAUGGUUCCUUCAUGACUGUGGGUAAUCGAACCAUAAGGUUGACUGGAUGGGUAAAUUCGUCUCGUGGAGUGGUUCGUACUGAAGCAAUUCAAGACUUCAAGUAUACCAAUGUUAUGAUUAUGGCGAACCAAGGGAAUAUGCAGAUUGUAAACCAGACUAUUCAUUCCAAUGAUGCAGUUCAUUUUAAGACGCAGUCUUCUGCUUUCCCUUCCUUCCAAUCUGCUAAGAAGUUCAAUCUGUUUAUGCAUUCCGAUGACAUAGAUCAAGGAAAUAAAACAUAUUCUACUGUUGCAAAUAUAACAUUGGGAUUCAAGGAGAAGUUGAUUGAAUCUUCUAAUUCCAGAUCUUCCACCAGUUUUCUCAACAACUUACAGAAAGGAAACGGAUCCAUGCUCAUAAAGGACAACUCGGUAGUCGAUGGAUUGGGUAGUACCCAGCAAGCAUACCGUUAUCGUGACAAUUCUUCUUGCUACUUGAGGAAUAUUAGCAGCUCAAACUACACAAUCCUCAAUGACAAAGUGAGCUAUGCUUGUGAGGAAUGAUAUCGUAAUCUUCCUGCUCGAAGGGGCAUUUUGGCAACCUAGUUUCAUGAUACUAAGAUUGCCAAGGUUUCUUUUUUCUGAGUUUAUUCACCAAAUACUAGUUUCACGACUUGUUAUUAAACCGUAUUCCGUACUUUACUAUGCAUGUUCAAAAUGCCUAUGUGUUGACUCAGUAGUUUGGUUCUCCCUAAUUUAGAGCUAUGAAACUAUUCUAUCACAACAAUAACAAAGCUUUCAACUA